UCUCUCUCUCUCUUGUUGUAACUACUUGAUUGGACGUUGAAAAUCAACAAAACUCUUUCUCUUUCUCUUCCUUCUUUUGCGGUACCCCUUUUGCUAAAAGUUUGUUCUUUUGAUUAAAACACAUAAAGGUUUUGUUACUUGAAAUGUGACUUCUUUGUUCUUUGAUUCUGGUUUUGUAUUCAUUUUCAGCUUCUUUGUUUCUUAAAGAGAAAGUUUAUGAACAAGUGAUAGAAAAGAUUGCAAUGUAGUUAGUUACCUCACAAGUUAUUUUGUUUGAGCUAUGAAAAUCAAGUUUUUCCUAUCUGGAUAUAUUUGGAUCUGCUUUUGGGGUUUGAAAAAUUCUUACAGAGGUUGAAUUUUUAAUGAUUUUUGGAGGAAAUAACCGUGACCCACAUGAAGAAUUUGAACUGGUAUAAACAAAUUUCUAACAGUGGAAAGUCUGGGAGGAGACUUUCACUUGGUGAGUACAAAAGAGCAGUGUCUUGGUCAAAGUAUUUGGUAUCUCCUGGUGCUGCAAUCAAAGGAGAAGGUGAAGAAGAAUGGAGUGCAGAUAUGUCUCAGUUGCUCAUUGGAUCUAAAUUUGCUUCUGGUAGACACAGUAGAAUCUAUAGAGGUGUUUACAAGCAAAAGGAUGUUGCAAUUAAGCUUGUGAGUCAGCCUGAAGAAGAUGAAGAUUUGGCUUCUUUUCUUGAGAAGCAAUUUACUUCUGAAGUUGCUUUGCUUCUGAGGUUGCGUCAUCCAAAUAUUCUUACUUUCAUUGCUGCUUGCAAGAAACCACCAGUGUUCUGUAUAAUUACUGAGUAUUUGGCUGGUGGUUCAUUGAGGAAAUACCUACAUCAACAAGAACCACAUUCAGUUCCACAUGAACUUGUUCUGAAAUUAGCACUAGACAUUGCAAGGGGAAUGAAAUAUCUUCAUUCUCAAGGGAUACUUCAUAGGGAUCUCAAAUCAGAGAAUCUCCUUUUAGAUGAAGAUAUGUGUGUAAAAGUAGCAGAUUUUGGUAUCUCAUGCUUGGAAUCUCAAUGUGGCAGCGCAAAAGGAUUUACCGGAACAUACCGUUGGAUGGCUCCUGAAAUGAUCAGAGAAAAACAUCAUACUAAAAAAGUGGAUGUGUAUAGUUUCGGUAUCGUUCUUUGGGAGCUUUUAACCGCAUUGAUUCCAUUUGACAACAUGACACCAGAGCAGGCUGCAUUUGCAGUUUCCUACAAGAAUGCAAGACCACCACUGCCAUCUGAAUGUCCUUGGGCGUUUAGUAAUCUGAUCAAUAGAUGUUGGUCAAGCAAUCCAAAUAAAAGGCCACAUUUUGUUGAGAUUGUCUCAAUUUUGGAGUGCUUUACUGAAUCACUUGAACUUGAUCCAGAUUUUUUCACAACUUACAAACCAAGACCUAUUAAUACAAUUCUUGGAUGUUUACCUAAAUGCAAGGCUCGCCAAAAAUCUGAUACUUGCAAAGCAAAGCAAUAGAUGCUACUACUCAAGUUACUAUUUGAAGAAUUGUGUUAUAUUGAAUCCUAUGAACGAAAAAUUUGUUCAGAUAAUAAAUGCAAUUCUCUUCUUGUUCAAUCAACUUUUUAUAAUUUAAUUAAGAAAAAUAUAAACAUGUGUGCCUUUUAGUUAUUUUGA